AUGUCAAGCUUGAAUGAACACAACUGAAAACAGACCACUAAAUAACUCUUGGGAGAGUUCUGUAUACUUACACGAAAAGUCGCAUAAUUUUUUAUUUGCCAAGGCAAAAUAAAUAAAUAGACCUUUAUUAUAAGGGCCCACAGAAUGAAGUUAGCCCUUGCGGCGGCAUUGCUGCUUUUAGUUUCUACAGUUUACAGCAAAACAACACCAGCACCUACGAAGAAAGGUACCACACGACCAACAACGAAACCAACAAAAGCACCAACAUGUCCGAAACAAGGAAAAGACUUUUACGUUCAAAUAAAAGUUCUUGGUCAAGGUGAUUGGUCAUACGAAAUGAAUCAAGUAGAAUCGCAAGCUUUUCAAGACAUCAGAGAAAAGUUAUAUGAUUGCGCAUUGACAACUUAUUCGGACUACGAUUUUUAUCAAGAUAUGAUCUUGCUUAGCGUAGAUAACGCAACAGCAGGAUUUAUUGCCAGUUUUGCUAUUCGGUUCACUAAAGAAGGCGAUGGUCAUUUAAAUCGAUUAACGCAAGCAAUUCAGUCUGGUAAAUUCUGCGAUGUAGAGGUUGCACCAAAAUUUGUACAAUGCAAUGAACUCGAUCAAACUAUGUUGUAUCCAAUGGCAAAUUGUCCAUCUCCAUGUGGUGGCGAUCUUAACUGCUGGCCAUCAUGUGACGCUUCAUGCUGUGCUGCUUCUCCAGAACAAACGGUAUAUUUACCAGUUGCACCACCACCGCCACCGCCGCCACCUCCGCCACCACCGCCACCACCUCCAAUGACAACAUGCGCUCCCGGAUGCCCAGAAACAUGUGCCCCAUCUUGUUCACCCACUUGUUGUUUCGUUCAGAAAAGAUGGUUAGAUAAACAAAAACAACAAAAAGUUGCUCAAAAUGCAGGAAAACCGUUCUUUGCUCCAGGAAAGUAAACGAGACUUCAUAAACAAACGAUAAACCUACCUAUGCUUAUAUAGCAUGAGAAAAGAAUAAAAUUACAAGUUUCAAAAGAUCAAACUUGUUUUGGUGACAUAUAUAUUACAUAUGACAUAUCUUUUUGUAAGACAUGCACACGACUAUAUCGAAAAAUUGGGCUUACGAAUGUUGUAUAUUAUAUUUUUUUACGAAAAUAAAAGAAAGCUAGAUCUUGCCAGCUUCCACUCAAGUCACUGCUUUUAAAUUUAGAUAAAAAAAAUUGUCUUUGAUAAGCUAUUGACAUCUCUAGACUAGCUUUCUUUACGUGUAUACUUUUGUAUAUUGUAAUUUCUACGAUUAAAGCCAAUUAGGUCUCCGAAAUAAUAUAUUGUUCUUACUAUCA